UCUUCAUUUUUUCAGAUGCCUAACUCGGCGUCGUUUUCAAUCAAAACCCUAACCAUCCCUUCCCUCCCCGAUUGAGUCGGAGGAAGAGAGAGAGAGAGAGAGAGAGAGCGAUGGAUUCGGACGAAGGAAAGGUUUUCAUAGGAGGAAUAGCGUGGGACACGACCGAGGACACUCUGAGAGACUACUUCGGCCAGUAUGGCCAGGUCUCCCAGGCCGUCAUCAUGCGCGACAAGCCCACCGGCCGCCCUCGUGGCUUCGGCUUCGUCGUCUUCUCCGACCCUUCCGUCCUCGACAGUGUACUCCAGGAUGGACACACCAUCGAUGGCCGUACGGUGGAGGUAAAAAGGGCUUUAUCAAGAGAAGAACAGCAGACUUCCUCUAGAACUGGAAAUUUUAAUGCUGGCAGAGCCUCUGGAGAGGGAGGAAAUUUUAAGACCAAAAAGAUAUUUGUUGGAGGGUUGCCUUCCAACCUGACAGAAGAUGAGUUUCGUCAGUAUUUUGAAAGUUAUGGACAAGUAACUGAUGUGGUAAUCAUGUAUGACCAGAAUACUCAACGGCCUCGUGGUUUUGGUUUCAUAUCGUUUGAAACUGAGGAUGCAGUUGAUAGAGUUCUUCGCAAGACGUUCCAUGACUUGAGUGGUAAAGCAGUUGAGGUAAAACGAGCCCUUCCGAAAGAUGCAAAUCCUGGUGGUGGGGCACGGGGUGGGGGCUAUCAAGGUUAUACUGCCUCUGGUGCAAAUUCAAAUACAUUUGAUAGUCGGACAGAUGGCAGUAGAUAUAUGCAGCCUCAAACUACUGCAGGUGGUUUCCCACCGUACCCUGGCUAUGGUGGACCUGGCUAUGGUUAUGGUGGUUAUGGCAGUUAUGGUGUUGGUGGUUAUGGAAGUGCAAGCACUGGAUUUGGCGGUCCUACAGGGGCAUAUGGCAACCCAAAUGCCCCUAAUGCUAGUUAUGGAAGUGGGGCGCCUGGUGGGUUUAAAAAUACUUGGAGUGGCCAGCCUUCUCCUGGGUAUGGCAUUUCAGGCUAUGGUGGGAAUGCAGGGUAUGGAACUGCAGCUUCUUGGAAUUCUCCAGGUAAUGUUGGUUUCAUUUCUGCCCCACGGGGUCAAUCUCCAAGUGGGGCUUCUGGGUAUGGGAAUCAAGUUUAUGGAUACAGUAAUUAUGGUGGAAGUGAUAAUCCUUAUUCUGGUGGGUAUGGGGCUGCAGGAGGGCGUGGUGGAAGUGCCCCAAGUAGCAAUGUUGGUGCUGGUGGAGCAGAGCAACAGGGGAUGGGUGGUGGCUACAUGGGUGGUGGCUAUGGUGACACAAAUGGAACUUCAGGGUACUCCAAUGCAGGAUGGAGAUCGGACCCUUCACAGGCCACUGGCGGUUAUGGGGCUGGCUAUGGUGGAACUCUGUCCAGGCAGGCUUAACACUAGUGAUCCAGUGAUUUGGUUUUCUAUCAAACGAACAGUUAUGGAAAGAGUUUGUACUUCCCCGCUUGUAACACUGUAGAAAAAAGGAUGGUCACAGAACAUGGAUGGGUUGGAUCACUUUAUUAUUCUCAGGUUUGAUUGCUCUAUUUCCCUAGUAGUAGGCAGUAGCACCUCUGUUGUUGUUUUAUUGUGACAAGAAGUUUUUGGUAGUAGUAAUUAAUAUUUGUCCUUUUACCUUUA